AUGGCGGCCGGAGCGAUCCUAAAAACAACUGGCGCACUGAUCACGAUCGGCACGCUUGUGCUCAUCGGCACUGGUUAGAUAGUUCUUUACUUCUUGAUUUCGAGAAUACUUUUCAAGGCUUGUUUUACAUGCUCACUGGCCAGGGCCAUCGGUUCGACAUUGCCUGGUUCCUGACGUCGACCUCGCCUCACAUGUGGGCUGGCUUGGGGAUCGGCUUUUCGCUUUCUUUAUCUGUUCUUGGCGCUGGCUGGUGAGUUUCAUUUUAAAUUAUUCAAAAUUUGCUUUUGCAGGGGGAUCUUCACGACUGGUUCGUCAAUUCUCGGUGGUGGUGUGAAAGCACCGCGAAUUCGCACCAAAAACUUGGUUUCCAUCAUUUUCUGUGAAGCCGUCGCUAUUUUCGGUAUCAUUAUGGCUUUCGUCUUCGUCGGAAAGCUUGCCGUAAGUUUUUUCUUCUGAAUUCCUCCGUAAAAAUCGAAAUUUUUGUUGAAAAAAAAAACCAUUACAUGAAAUUUCUCAGGACUUCCGCAGAGAAGAAUUGACCGAUUCUCCUGCGGACAUGGUUAUUUUGGCGAGAAAUCUGGCCUCAGGCUAUAUGAUUUUCGGUGGUGGCCUUACCGUCGGCUUCAGCAACUUAGUUUGCGGCCUUGCCGUCGGUUGGUUUUUUCUCUUUCUUUGGAUCUCAGUCUGAUUGAUGUUCUAUCGGUAUCUACAUAAUAAAAAAAACACUUGCCUGGGAUGAUAAACUUAUAGUUUUAUUAUUUCUUUUUGGUUUUUUUUUGUUCAGGACAACUCAAAAGCUUUUUAAACGUUGUUCUCAAAUUUUAAAUUCGGCGUUGAUCCAUAUUAUGUUUUUUUUUUCAGGUAUUGUUGGCUCCGGCGCAGCUAUUGCUGAUGCAGCGAAUCCUGCGUUGUUCGUGAAGAUUUUGAUUAUUGAAAUUUUCGCUUCGGCUAUUGGUCUUUUUGGAAUGAUCAUCGGUAUUGUGCAGGUGAGAUUUUAUCUUCUUUUUAUUCCUUUGACCUGCCUUGUGCAUCAGCGUAUACUCUAUGUUCUGCUAAUUUGUUUUUUUUUUCGUAUAGGAACUUCUCAGAAAUUAAUUCCAUUCAUUUUUUUUUAUUAGUGGUUCAAUGGGAGCUUUUUGCUGUGUUGCAUUUUUACAUUUUUUUUCGUUUGAUUGACUAUCAAAAAUUACGUGAACUUUAUCUUAAUGGCGUGCAAUUUUGGUGCUCCAAUGAACAAGCCAUUAAAAUUUUUUGAAUACAAGAAUUGCGUUGAUUUAGGAUCUAAAAAAGGAAAAGAUCUUUUUCGAAUAACUAGGAAACUUUCUUACUGGUAGCUUUUGUAUUUGGAAAAAAAAUAUUUUUCUGUGUUUUCUUAAUGAAGUUUUCCAGACGAACAAGGCUGCCAUGGGCAACAAAUAA